AUGAAUAGUGACGACAACCAAAACGAAAUCGACCAGCGCGACCAAGACCAAGACCAAGAUCACGACCACGACCACGACCACGACCAGGACAACGACCAAGAGACAACAUGUCCGUGGCAAACAUCUCGAUUCAACCACCAAGAAUGCUCGCGAUAUUUUGACUGUCCAUCUCACGCCAUAGAGAGGAGUCUAUCAGAGAGCGGCGAGGCAGAUGAAGGAUCUAUCCAUAGUUCCCAUUCACCCGAAACACCUCCUCCAGAUAACGACCGAGAACACGCCGACCAACAGAACUCUCGUUUCUCAGACCAAGAGCUUGCGCAGGGAGUAAACAACGGAGAUGAUGCGCAAAGUACCACGAUCAACGAACCUGACGACGAUGGAGACGCCACAUCCGCCACAACCGAUCCCGAGACGAGCGCAGAGGAAGAUGCAGGCACGGCAGUUGCCCAGGAGCCAGAACAGCCUUCGGGCACUCAGCAAAACACAGAGAUAGACGACUCGGAGAGCACAUCGUGGAACAGGCGGUCUGAACAACAAGAUUCUCCAAACACUUCUUCCGAGCAUACAGAACAGGUACAACAGCCCAGUCGAGGUACUAGCACUACCAAUACGCAAAGAGCUCCAAGAGCAUAUGCGACACCGUCUCGUGAAAGAAUGGAUGCGCCUUUGCCGUCACUUCGACCCCUCGAAGAAGCCCUACCUCCGCUUCCCCGAUCCGCUCGACAGUCCGUGUCUUCAGAUUCGCAAAGGCCUAGAUGGCAACCAGAUAACGAAGUGACAUAUUGUCCGAUCUGUCACGCUCAGUUCAGUUUCUUUGUGCGUAAGCAUCAUUGCAGGAAAUGUGGAAGAGUCGUUUGCAACUCCUGCUCGCCGCACAGAAUCAUAAUUCCGCACCAGUACAUCGUUCGACCUCCAGGCUCCGAAGCAGCUAUGCAUCAGUCCCUGCUCGUGGACGGGCUUGGAGCCGGAUACUUCGACGUGAAUGAUAUGUCGGGAGGCGAGCGAGUAAGGCUCUGCAAUCCUUGUGUCCCGGACCCGAAUACAGCGCCACCACAGAGCCCGGGUCCGCAAGCUACUCUUUCUCCACGAGUUCCUCACCAAAGGUCACGGAGCAAUAUUGGCGAUGCUUACGGGACACUGCAGUCGUCUAAUCGUCAUGGUGCAGUUUUUGCUCCGGGGACUAGUGGUGACCCAUAUCGAUAUCUCUCUCCAAGGAUGAGAAGUGUCACAAUGGGCUCUACUUCAUCCGGUUCCUCCCCUGGCCCUUCCCAUAGGAGACGUAGCGGAGCGCAUCAGACACCUAUCGAGCGUUUCCUCGCAAGUGCACAGGCUGCUUCUCCAUCUUCAUACCCAGAGCGAUACAGUUCACUAGGAGAAUCAUCAUCUAGACAACGUGCACUCCCGCCAACACCUCAGAUUGCCGAGGAAGACGAGUGCCCCAUUUGCCAUCGCGAGUUACCGUCAUCGAGUCUUCCCAACGCCGAAGCUCUACGCGAGUCUCACAUCACCAAAUGUAUUCAGACGCACAGCGCGUAUGGCACACCCCGCGGCGGGGAAGGUGGAGCACCAGUUGCCCCUCGUCGGACAGGCAUGUAUACGUACGUAGCCACAGAGAAGGACUGCAUCGACGACGCAGAGUGCACUAUUUGUCUGGAGGAGUUCACAGUCGGAGUCCCUAUGGCACGUUUGGAGUGUUUGUGUCGAUUCCACCGAGCGUGCAUCUCAUCCUGGUUUGUCAAACAUCCGGGACGAUGCCCUGUUCACCAGCACGACGGCUUCGGAUAUUGA